AUGGCUUCCUUUGGAGUUAGACACAAUUUUAACAUAAAGCCUUUGAGAUUUUCACCAUUUGACUGUUUUCCAAAGUCGCCAACACUAUUUAUUAGCAACAACAAGACUGUUCGGUUCCUAGGUUGUGGUGGCGAAUUUCCCAGCAAAACUAAGUUAAGUGCAGUCUCCAAGGCAUCAUCAGACGGCAUUUCGCCCAUUGAUGAUGAAGAUGGAGUGUCUUUGGGAACCUUGAAACUGCCUGCCAACACUGACCUUUCAAGAUUUGAAUCCUUACUCUUUCAGUGGGCGAACAGUCUUUGCCAAGGUGCUAAUUUGCCUAUGCCGGUGCCUUUGAAGGUCGACAAAAUUCCAGCUGGAGCUAGACUUGGCUUUAUCACAAUUGGAGACGGAGAGACUGAGGUCGUUGUGUACAUAGACUGCUUAGUUUUUCCAGCUACUGAGAGUUCUGGUCCUCUAUUUCGAGCUAUAAGGAAUGGACCCAUGAAAAAUGAGUCGCCUCCUGGAGAGCCAAGAAUCAUGAGAAGCCUUCUAGAUGCCCUAAAAAAGUCUGUUGAAAUAGCAAGACUUUAA